AUGGCCUGUCCGUUCGAUGGAAUACGGUUUCGAUAUUCGCUAUCGUACGAUUGGAACAGUACUCGGUGCGAUGUCCUUUAUGCGCUCAAGCUGCCUUUGACAUUCUCCCCUAUGUUGAUCAAAGUGCAAAACACCAUCAACGAGGCAUUCCUUAGGAGACUGAUCACCUACGCAUUAAAUAUUGUCAAAACCUAUGAUGCCCCUCCCUGUCGUAUUGGCCUUUAGACGUUUCCGGUGAAGCUUUUGUUGGACUUCAAGGCGGAUGAAACGAAACCAUGGCUACUGAGAAUCCCUUCCCUAAUCUGGGCGAAGAAAAGUUUCCUUAUCUCCAAGGGGACUACUUCCGACACUGGUGGUCAUGGAUCUCCGCUGAACUCCCUUCUUGCUGUGGCGCUCUUCUUUUUCGAGCAACGAUUGUCUUUACAUUGUUUCCGAAGAUCCGACCAUCAAUUUUCUCUUUUAAGAUCGCGAUAUCAGAGAUUUACCCACAGGAAACAUAUCAGCAGAACUUUCAGUCGGCUGUGGAUACCAUAUGCUCAACAAAAAAGCGGCAGUUCGAAAAAAUUAUUGACCAGCUCAAAUCGAACGAGCCAACACACAAAAUUAAACGAAUGUGCAACAAAGCCAUUCAUUACAACGACAAAGUCAAAGCCAAUUGCCGGACGACUCCGCAUCCUCGCAGUCAUCAGAAAGGCUUGAAUUGCCUGAAUCUCAAAGUAUGGUCACCAGGAAUAUCUCCUCGGAUCAUACUCAAGUGCUGAAAGUGUACGCGUAACUUACGCCAUGGUUUCAAAAAUUAAAAAAAAAGAUAUCAUCUAGCUUUUGUG